AUGGUACGGCGAACGGGCCUAAACGUUUGGGUAACGGUAAAUGCAUAUCGGCGGUAUUUAAACCCAUUAAAGGGCAAAAAAAAAAGCAUUUUAAAAUUAUUUAUUGGGGCAUUAAAACCUAAUUACGUUAUAAUUGUUGCCGUUAAAAUUGUUGGCGCCAAAAGCGGCAUUUCCCGGCGCCAAUACGGACGCCGCAUUUUUACGGGAAACCGCGCGGUUGUAAGCUUGGGUAUUCGAAUGCGCCGCAAUCGUAGCAAAAUUAACGGCAAUGCCAUUAAAAAAAGCAACCAUAUUUUUUUCGAAACGUUUAAAAAACGUUUUUAUUUCGUUAAAAAAAUUACCGAUAUUAACCAAAGCUUAAGCUUGCUUUUUCGUUUAAACGGCGAUAGCGUUUUGGGCCACUUUUUAAAACCAUUUAAAAAAUUUAACGCAAGCUUUAUUGCCGACCACGUUUUUGCAAUAAAUAUAUUUGGAAAACCCCGUACAAUUAUCGAAGCAUAUCGGUAUACGGGGGUUAACGGCAUAAUUUUAAUAUGCUUAAUAACCAAAAUAGCGGCUACAAAAUACCGUACGUUCCGUAUAAUUAUCCUUAAAAAAAGGCAAAUAAAUAAGGUUUUAAUUAUUAUUUUAUUGGAAAUCGAUAAUUUUUUGCAACGGGAGCGCGUUGCAAAUACCCAUAUAAAGCGAAAAGGAAGCAAUGUCCGUUUUAAAAGCAGCUUUAUUGCCGACCACGUUUUUGCAAUAAAUAUAUUUGGAAAACCCCGUACAAUUAUCGAAGCAUAUCGGUAUACGGGGGUUAACGGCAUAAUUUUAAUAUGCUUAAUAACCAAAAUAGCGGCUACAAAAUACCAACGGCUAAAUACCGAUUACUUACGGUUACAAUCGUUAAAAUUGUUAAAAUGGUUAUUAAAUGCACAAAAAGGAAAAAAAAAAGCUCGUAGCUUCGAGCGGGAAAAAAAGCUUUUUAUAUGCCGCGUUGUUAAGCAUUGGGGCGGCUUAACGGGAUACCUAAAAUUUAAAUUGUACGAAAGCGUUUGGAGCGCGGAAAAUUUAAAGGACCGACCCCGAAUGCCCGAAAGGGCACGAAAAAAAAGGAAAUUAAAAAAGGAACAAUUUUUAUUGGCGAUAGCACCUUUAGUAAAAGAUUUACGGAGGUUUAACAAAAGAAACACCGCAUCCGGCCCGUAA